AUGAGUCGCUCGGAGAAUAGUAGUAGUGUUGGUCGCGAUUUUACUCAGGCUCGAGCUCAGGCUCCCCAAUCUCUCCAUCAACAUCAACACGCUGCAUCCGCAACGAACGGAAGCAAGAAGAACGCGAUCCAUAAUAAUAGUGUGACUCCAGCUCCUGGCCCCCUUGUUGCUACGUCCUCUCCGAAUUCUUCGGCCUCUUCUACUACUGUGUCAGCGUCUACGUCCUCUUCUACAACUCCAACUCCUACUUCUAUGACUACGAAUAACACUACGCUUCCGACGAUAGCCGGUACGAUGGAUAAAUCCCCCAUACCUAUUGUCGUCGUUCCUCGUACGCCACCUUCAUAUCAUGUCACUAGCGCCGCUACACGCAAUUCCACGGGAACUACGCCACCGAUGGCAGAAGACUCUUCUUCCCUCAUCGCUACCCCUUCCACGAACAACCCACCCAUCGGAAGACACCCAUCUCCUCUUACUCCACCUCUUACGCCCGCACACGCGCUCUCCUCUUCGUCAAAACUGAUCGAAGAGGUUGACGAAAGUGUGGGAUUCGUCGAAAGUAAUAUCGUCGGAAAUGAUGCUCAUUCUACACCUCCUGCAUCCACUGGCAAAGAUAAGCCGACGUAUGUGGGGGGACAACAAGGUCGUUAUGUUCCCCUCACACCCGUCACACCAAAGCAAGGAAAUCCGUCUUCUUCUUCGUUUGAUUCUCCCCAUUCCUCUGGCACUAAUUCCCUAGUGGAGCCCACCUCUAUCGCAAGUUCGCCAUAUGGGUCAUCUUCAGAUGAGGUCGUCGGCUCCACUCCGAACGGCGGGUUGGAUACGGGUAUUGGAUUAGGUGGUGUCAGCGUGGUGGGCGUGGAAGGGAAUCUCGAUGCUCCACAGUCACCGGGUCGAUUUCUGUUUUUGUACGUCGGUCCAGGUCCAGUGGGAGCUGGGGCGUCGACGGUGGGAUCUGAAUGUGAGAAGGGGAGUGGUGGAUCCGAGGCUACGAUUGGCUCGUGGGAUGUUGAGAAAAUGAAGGAGGAAUUUGGGGCAUUUGGUGAUUUGAAGGGGAUGUAUAUUGGCUUACUGGCAAAGCAUGGCAUCAUUAUACUGGCGUUUUAUGAUGUCCGUACCGCUAUACAUGCGCAUCAAGCUUUCCUCUCGUCGAGGUUCAUCCCCUCGCUGCAAAUGACGAACAACGGCAAUGGGAAGAAAGUUGCAUCCAGAUUCGUUUCAAUUAGAGAACUCUACCGCCUCGUUGGACCUUCGAAAUUCAUUUCAGAGUCAAAUGGUACACUCGAGAUCACGCUCAUUCCAGUAUCCCCUCUUUCCGCAAUGGUCCCAUCUCCCCAUCCUGCUUUUCCUGCCACUUCAACCGGAACACCGCCGACGUUACGUAGGUUUCUGGAAAAUUAUGGAGAUCUCAUGAGUUUCCAAGUGCAGCAAGAGAGAAAAAAGCCACCGCCACAAGCUUCGCUACCCGAAGAAGUCCAGGGUCCUUUUGUGUUGGUGUAUAGAGUCGAGUAUUUUGAUUGCAGAGCUGCGAGGGUCCUUAUUACCACUUUUGGAUCUUCCGACGCCAAUGCUGCAGUAGGCGACCAACCCAACAAAGGAAAGAAGGGUGGUGGGGAAGGAGAAAGAGGUAUCGUUCGACUUUUCAUCGAAGGUAAAGGAGAGGGGGUCGUGAAGCUGAGCGUUCAAUUGGUGGAACAUCCCAUCCCUGAGGUAACCCUUGUCGCUGCCGCCAACGAUGGCGGUAUGGGGAAGGAAGGCGUGGGUAAUAAUGAUGGUGGCGCUGCCAGUGGGGCGCCUCCUGGCACGCCGCUGUUGCCAUCUUCAAAGACAAAGGCGUUAUUGGAUGUUGAUAAUUCGCGAAAGCGAACGACGCCUUCUCCACCUUUUACGAGACGUUCUUCGACUGGUUCAGCGUCUUUCUUACCUGGAGAAUUAACGAGUUUGCAGAUGGAGCUUGGAGCUAUUGCGAGGCGUUUGCAGUCGAAGAAGGAUGAAGACUCUGAGCAGGGGGAUGUUCAACGUUCUGCGAACGAAGUAGAGGAGAGGGAGGGUGAGGAUGCUGGAGCAGCCGUUGAAGGCUCUGGUACUGGUGGAGAUGAGCAGAAUGCUGCCAUUUCGGGAUCUGGUGGAGGUGGACGAAAGGGUAAGAUGAAAGCUACUCCAAGGACGGCACCUGCUACGCCUCGUCGCGAUCUUUCUAUUCUUCCUGAUUCAGUUGCUUCCCAAACGCGACAAGGACAUCCUCAUUCUACUUCUUCUAUUUCUUCCCAAUACCCUUCCAUUUCUUCUAUUACCUCCAAUGGUCUCGGAUUCGUUCCUGGUCAUCAAGCCGACGCCAAUGGCGCCGCAGACGACUUGUAUAAAGAGGAAAUUAAAAGCGCAAUCGGACGCGUAGAAGGCGAGAUGGCACUUUUUGCUCCAGGCGGACCCGGUAAUCUGUCAUGGAAUCAUGGUCCGAAUUCAGCUCCCACCAUUACCGAGUGGGCGCCUGCUAGCGCUGUCGUUCCUCCCCAUACUUCAUCCCCGCAUGUUCCCUGGGCAGCUCCGCAUCAUUACGCUCAAUCUUAUUCAGCCCAGUACUAUCAUUCGAACUCUCCUGCUUCUAAUGCUCCUUCCUCGAGGACCGCAGCUCCCGUUACCCUUGCGCUUCCGCCUCCCCAUCCUGGUAUGAUGCCUGUUUCGCUUUCGCCUGUCCCUCAUGCCGUACAUUGGGGUUCGCCUGAGGAUCCUGCAACAGCAUCGCACGCACACUUGUUUACCCCACCUUACAUUCCUGCGUACUCACCUCAGCCUGCCGCCGAGCCUUACGGAGUGGAAGCCAUGAACGGGGGUGAUUCCUCAGACCCUGGAGACAAGACGGUCGCGAGUGCUAUAUCAGACCCAGCGAGGCUCUACGACGUAUACCCUCAUCCCAACCUUAACAUGGCGAUGCCACCUUAUGCCUACGCUACACUUUCGCAAACUCAAACUACAUCCCCUAACUCUGCUCAUUUUCAAUCGGUCGCGCCCAACUAUCCUCUUCCUCUCCCCAAUGUUACCAACCACCACCCUUCACCUCCACCCCACCAUGGCCAUGCCACUCAUUUUCCGCUUGCUCACCACUCCAUCCCUUACUACGACUAUGCGCCAUACGCACCUGGCGUGUACCUUCAGCAUAGUCACGCAUCUCCCCUCCCCGGAUUAGCAGCACCGUCGAAUGCCUCUGCAUCGGCGAGUGAUUCGCCUCAUGUUGGGACGCCUACGUCUGCUUCAGGAUGGGGCCCGGAGGACCACGCUGCGGAGGGCGCCCAUCAAUCCACAGCGCAUUAUUCCGCUCAAACGACACCGGGUUGUGUCUCUGGGAGAGCAAAUACUCGUUCCGGUAGCGACAGUGGAUUGGAAGCCGUCACGAAGAAUCCAAGAUGGAGGGGGAAUGCGUAUGCAGGUCAUGAAGUCCACGGCAUGCUGAAUGGGACUUCGGAUUCUUCUCUUUCCGCGGGCUCUUUGCCGACCCGAAUGAAGUCUCAUCAUCAUGAAGUCAAAAUGCCAACAACCCCCGGCCAACGGUUCUCCUCAAGUUCGGCCAGUCUUGCCUCUGGGUCAGGCUCUUCCUUGGUUGGGGCUCUAGGCCGCGGUAUCCAUGGAUCUGGACUUCGUACUAGUAUGACGCUUGGUGGGAUGAAUAGAGAGAGGAAACCCAUCCCUGAAGCGAAUAUUAUCGAUGUGGAGAGGAUCGAGGCGGGGUUGGAUACGAGGACUACGGUCAUGUUGAAGAACAUUCCGAAUAAGGCAAGUUGA